CUUGGUAAUGUUCCAUCAAAUAAGGAUGUGAUUGCCGGAGUGAUUUCUUCAUUUUUGCAGAUUGAAGAAUUUGAAUACUCUCCAAGUGAGCCAGUUUCUUUGGGAGUAAAGCUAAACUACCGCGAACCUCCAAAAGAGUUUUAUCAAGAGGCUUUCGAAUCAAGGUUUCUUGCAUCAACCGAAGAAUAUUACUCAGGACUGGCACAGAAGCUUCUCGCUGAUUUGACAUGCAGCAAGUAUAUGGAAGCAGUCAUCGAAGCAUUAGAGGCUGAAGAACGACGUUCGGCCACUUACGUCAGUCAGUCAACUGUAUCAAAGUUUAAGGCUUUUCUGGUUUCAAAUGAAGUCAUGUUUACUAUCUAA